AAAAGUCAAAACUCAAAACAAACUAUUCAAGAGAACGUUGAUGAUGCUUGUGAGAUAUCCAACACAUCAUCUUCAUCAAACACAUUUGAAUCCGCUUGUGACAAGGUUGUCUUGACAUCUUCACUUUCAUCUACUUCUACGCUAAAAUGGUGUCGUUUGUCAAAUAUUAUUGCUAUGUGUUGACCAAAGAAUGACAAAAUAAAGCACCCCAUCUUUUCCUUUGAAUUUUACAUCUCAUCUUCCUAAUUGAAUUUGGUGUUCUUCCAAACCUUUAUAUCUUCCUCUUCUCUGCCCCUUAGUUCCUCAUCUCCUCCCCACCUCCUCUAUCUCUUUUCUAGACGAGAAGAUCGUAGAACUGGGUAAAGCUUUUCUACACUAUUUCUAGUUGGUAACUCUCUUUCUAGAUGCUAAUUCCUUUAAUCAGACAGAAAUGCAUCAACAACUCCAUCCAUACUUUUUGCUCUUUAGUACCUUAAUCUUUGUCUUGAUCAAAAUACCGGGGUUGUUCUGUCAAGAUGACGAGCGAUUCAGAAUGUGUAGUGAGCCAAUUCUCUGUGGCGACAUCGAAAUAAAGUACCCUUUCUGGGGAGGUGGUAGACCAGAGUACUGUGGUCAUCCAAGUUUCGAGAUCAAGUGCGAGAGUAACAUCCCGAAUAUUGCUAUUAAAUCAACAGCAUACAAAGUGAUAGCGAUCGAUACUCCUACUCGAAUACUAACCUUGGCUAGAGAUGAUUUACUGAGUAAUAUUUGUUUGGACAACCCUGAGAACGCCUCCUUGGAUUUUAACAUUUUCAGCUAUAUUUCCACUGACCAGAAUAUUACUCUGCACUAUAUUGAAACGCUAUGAUAUGAAACGCUAUGCGGACAGUGCGACAAGUCAGGUGGAAGAUGUGGAUCCAACCCAGAUUCCGCAGCCUUUGCUUGCCAUUGUGCCACGGGUACUCAUGCUUUCAACUGCACCGACGCACAAAAUCAAGAUGGCGAUUCUGGGAAAAGGUUCAGCAUUUCCAGCAAACUUGCUAUAGGUGGCUCAGUUAGUAUCACAGGGAUGAUCCUACUAUCAGUUUCAGCGAUCUAUUACCUCAGAAGUCGACGCACGAAUUGUAAGCCACUGAUUUGCUGGAAGACCGAAUCAGAAGAUAACAAAAUUGAAGAAUUCAUGAGAAGCUACGGAUCUCAUGCUCCGAAGCUGUACAACUAUUUGGAUCUAAAGAAAAUAACACACACAUUCAGCCACAAAAUAGGACAGGGAGGUUUUGGUCAAGUAUACAAAGGAAAGCUACCCGAUGGUCGCAAGGUAGCUGUAAAGGUGCUGACAGAAACUAAUGGUGAUGGAGAAGAAUACAUAAAUGAAGUUGCCAGUAUAAGUAGAACUUCCCAUGUUAACAUAGUUGGGCUUUUGGGAUUUUGUUACCAAAGGAAUAAGAGAGCCUUAAUUUAUGAAUAUGUGUCCAAUGGUUCAUUGGACAAAUUCCUCAACAAUGGACCAUCUGGCACAACUUGUCCCUUGGAAUGGACAACAUUGUACAGAAUUGCAGUUGGCAUUGCUCGAGGUUUGGAAUAUUUACAUCGAGGUUGUAACACAAGAAUAGUGCACUUUGAUAUAAAACCUCAUAACAUUCUUUUGGACCAGGAUUUCUGCCCUAAAAUAUCUGAUUUUGGCCUUUCUAAAUUGUGUGAGAGAAAGGAGAGUAUCCUAUCAAUGUUGGGUGCCAGAGGAACUGCUGGUUAUAUUGCUCCAGAAGUGUUCUCUAGAACGUUUGGAAAUGUCUCUCACAAAUCAGAUGUCUAUAGCUACGGAAUGCUGGUUCUUGAGAUGGUUGGAGUGAGAAACAAUGUUAAAGUGAGCCAAACUAGUGAAGUAUACUUUCCAGAUUGGAUCUAUGAACAUCUCGAUCUGGGGAAGGACCUAGGUCUACAAGGUAUCAUGAACGAAGCAGAUGAAGAAAUGGCAAGGAAGAUGAUGUUAGUUGGCUUGUGGUGCAUUCAGAUUAAGCCGUCAGAUCGACCAGCAAUUGAGAAGGCAGCAGAAAUGCUGGAGGGAAACCUUCACUCCCUACAAAUUCCACCAAAACCUUUCUUGUUUUCUUCAACAAAAUCCAUCCCAGAGUCGUUUGCCUCCACAUCAACAUCCACAACAGCCUAUGGAAAGGAGGCUUCAGUUCUGGAGUCAAAUAUCUCUUCUGAGUAAAAAAGCUUGAUGCAAGCUUGUUA